AUGAUGUUCCGGCUGCGUGUAAAGAUUUUCUACGUCUACAUCAUCAUUUCGUUCGUGUUUAGUGUUUAUUUGUUUUAUUUGAUCUCUAAAUAUUCGUUCGAAAAGUUUAUCAACUAUCAUCGACAUGUGAGGAGCAACAAAUUCCCCGACCGUCCACGGAUACCGCAAAUCGUAGGGCAUUACGUUGGCGUCGGAACGGUGGGGAACCUGUCGAAGGAUUUCAUGAACACGAACAACUUCGAUCCGAUACCGGGCGUGGGUGAACAUGGUGAUCCGGUCGUAAUACAGGCGAAGGAUCUGCUCAAGAUGCAACAGUUGUUUCAGAUCAAUCGAUACAAUCUGCUCGCCAGCGACCGGAUCGCACUGAACCGGAGCCUGCAGGAUGUGCGGAAACCGAAAUGCGUAUCGAAGCAGUAUCCCGCCAAACUGCCGACCACUUCGAUCAUCAUCGUGUUCCACAACGAGGCAUGGUCGGUGCUGCUGCGCACGGUGUGGAGUGUUAUCAAUCGCUCACCGAAAGGGCUGGUGCGGGAGAUACUGUUGGUGGACGACGCUAGCGAUCGACGGUUUCUCAAACACGAGCUCGAUAACUACGUCCAGAAGCUUCCGCUUUCCGUCACCAUACUGAGGUUAAAUCAGCGCGAAGGUCUCGUGGCGGCAAGACUGCUAGGGGCAAGGAUGGCAACGGGCGAUACGCUUACCUUUCUCGAUGCGCAUUGCGAGUGUUCGCCGGGCUGGCUGGAACCACUGUUGGCCCGGGUGCAGGAAAACCCCAAAAAGGUGGUCUGUCCGGUGAUCGAUAUCAUCUCGGAUGAUAACUUUUCGUACAUCAAAAGCUUCGAGUUUCAUUGGGGUGCGUUUAAUUGGCCGCUGCACUUCCGGUGGUACGCGUUGAGUGAUGAGGAGCUGGCGGAACGUCGAAAGGACACGACAACGCCCUUCCGUACGCCGGCAAUGGCGGGCGGAUUGUUUACGAUCGAUCGUAAGUACUUUUUCGACAUUGGUGCGUACGAUGAACGAUUAAAGAUUUGGGGCGGUGAUAAUUUGGAGAUGUCCUUCCGGGUGUGGCAGUGUGGGGGUGAGGUGGAGAUAGCCCCUUGCUCACACGUUGGCCAUCUGUUCCGCAAAAGUUCGCCGUACACAUUUCCUGGCGGUGUUAGUGGGAUUCUCAACGAAAAUCUGGCCCGGGUCGCUCUAGUAUGGAUGGAUGAUUGGGCAAAGUUUUUCUUCAAAUUUAACAAGGGUACAGAGGAGUUCAAAAGCUUGAACGUGUCAAAUCGGCUUGCUCUUAAACGCACCCUUAACUGUAAAACAUUCGAUUGGUACCUGAGGCGUGUGUGGCCACAAAACUUCUUCCCGGCACCGAAUAAAUUUUUCGGUCGCAUUCAACCGAUCGACCUCACGUCAACGUUCGACUACCAGGAGUACCUCACGCUGAUGAAGAAGAUUAAUCUCAUAAUUAAGAAUCUCAAUCCAGAGCUGAAGUGGAAGUUUCUGAUCAAAUACCUCACGGAGAAUGUGAAACGGAUCGGUGACUCGAUGAAGGCGGCCAAACACAGUCCGUACUGUUUGCACAAGCCGAAAACGAACACGGCCGUCAAUCAGCCGUACGGCCAAGCGUAUCUGCAAAAGUGUUCGCUACUGAUCAACGUGCUGGACGAACAGUUCGUUAUUGAUGAUUACGGCCGUAUCAUGACGGACGAAGGGAUCUGUUUGGAUUCGUUCCGGAAGACUAGUAUCGAUGGGGAGGAAAUAGUGGAGGGUACGCGGAAAAUUAAGAUGGUUACCUGUGGCAGCCAGAAACCGAACCAACGGUGGGUGUAUGAAACGGAUACGUACCAUCUGAAGAAUAUUGGCGAAGAUUCGGAAUGUCUCGAGCGGAGUGCGACGCUGAUCAGGGAAGAUGGAGAGGAUAAGUAUGAACUGUUUCUCGGCCCAUGCGAUGUCCGGAACGAGCUGCAGAAGUGGAUGCUCUUUCCGGUCGCUUGGAAGUAA